AAAGCACCUCCUUGACAUGACGCUGGGCGUACUUUCGUUUUCUUGACUUUUAAACAGGAUCCGAAACUUGGCGUGAAAUUAAGAGAAGUAAGACAGCCACUGUAAGUCUCUGACAUUAGUUGUGCUGACAGAGAUGGACAACAGAGUGAGUUACAUACCCACAUAUUCACCCUUGAGUCAGAUCUAAAAAAAAUGUUUUGCUGUUGCGUAUGUGUGUGCCUUUAACUAUGCUAGCCAUAUACCAAGCUAACGCACGAGAUUUAUUUGCAUAAAGUAUUAAAAUGGUAAGAGAAAAGCUAACUUUAGUUUUUGUUAUACUGUGUUUUGACCGUUUGAACCAUGUUGACGUUAGCAAUAGUUUAGAGGAAGUGAAUUUGUUAAAGUAAUGGGGGAAAAGCUGUGGUUCAUUGUUGUUUCCUGGCAGAUUAUACUGUAUAUUUAAAUUAAAAAAUGACCUUUGACUUGACUACAGAUGGCUGGAGAACCCGCGGAGCUGAGAGAGCUGGAAGGUGACGUGGAGAAAGAAGAGGAGAUAGGAGAUGAAGCGGACGCCAAACCUGACCGCAGAGGACGAUUUCUGCUGUUUGGAAGGUGACUUUACUAUCAGUUCUUUUAAAACAUAUAUAGACACCUCAAACAUCCACUAAAGUUAUACCAGGACGAAUUUAGUUUCAUUUAAAUUGGGCAAUAUUAUGCAUGUUUUUCUUUAGCUUUCACAUUCAUUAUGUGCCCAUACACUUAUAGUGUAUCAUAGUUUACAGCAGUGCAGGACAGCACAAAAUUAAUUGCUCUUUCUAAUUCACCAUCACUGGUUCAUUCUGGUUAUUUUGAAUUUCAAUCGUAGCAGCUUUCAUGGAUUAUUUAUACAGCACUGAGAGGACGGUUUAUACAUCCUAAUCAAAUACUCAGUCCUUCUGCAGCAGCAGUCUUAAAUCUGCAGAGUCCCUCAACUAAAUGUGUGUCUCCUGGUCUCUCACAUUAACAGAGUUAUUCAGAGGCAUGAAUGAUGUGCUGUUGAUAUUUAUUCUCAUAUACUUAAAUGAUAAUUUGUCAGAGUAAUAAUCACAAAUACAGGCUUUAAUACUCAUACAGUAAAAUCCCUUUUGGGAAUGAAAGUGACACUGCUUCCUCUUAGCUUUCUUAAAACAGUUCUUAGAAAUAUACAGCUUUCUUAAAACAGUUCUUAGAAAUAUACACUUAAUUAGACACAGCACAGCGCUACUAAUGCCUCAUUAUAAUAGGCUGAUUAUGAUAGGUUUUGGCAGUUUAGGGGGGUGAUGUCCUCAAGAGGUCACUCAAAAUUGGAUGAAUGAUGAACAUAGAGUCAGGUGUUAUAAAUACUCACAUUCAGUGUCGUAUAACUUACAGCAUGGGUUCGUAAAAUGAUGCAUUUUGUUAUUCAAAAGAAACUGACAUGAGGUUGAAACCUCAGUUUAUACCAGUCUGACUCACAAGGUGGCACUGUGGACCUUUAAACUUCACAGAAACUGGUGAUGAAAAGCCUGUUUGCUCAGCUGUGAAAUAAACCUUAUACUAUUUGGAAAACAGUGGGUGAAAUGAAACAGAUAUACAAAAGAUAGCAUGCUCAUUCAGAAAUAAGCAUGUAUCAUAAAAUAUGUGCUAUGUCUUGUUCAAGCUGUGCUAAUUUGUUCUGCUUGUGUAUGUUUAAUCUGUGAGUUCUGGCCUUGACAUAACGCCCGCACUUUCACACCAUUUUGAUGCUGGCAGAUGAUCAGCUACUCUUAGACUGAUCAACGUUUAUUAAGUGGUCUUUAAAUAUUACAUUUUUAAGUUAUUUUGGAUUCAAGAGAGAUAUGUAGUAAACACAGCUGUAUGAAAUAUGAGGAGAGAUAAACACAAGGUACUUGUGCCACAGUGAGGAUGUGCUCAGUGAGGACCACCCCACAUUUUCACCCUCAUCCCAGUGCUUUUGCAUUACUAAAGAGUUGCAUAGCCUACCAAUAGCUAUAAGCAGCGGCUGCAACUCUAAACAUACAAUAGACCUACACCAGACUUCCUUUACCAAAGCCCCAGGUAUCAAUAAUGCUGAUACUACCUACCCUUUCAUUUGGCUCUUGCAUGCCCCAUUGUAGAAUUAGAGGGGCAGCAAGAGCUAAUGUAUCACCAGUGUCGAAAAGUGGGCAACUUCCUGUACUUGCAUUUUUCAAGUAAGGCUAUUAACACUUCAGGGAGGUUCAGAAAGUUAUCUUAGACAUAUGUGAGUAAAAUUCAAUAUGCACUCUUUAAUGUUAUCACACAUUUGUAUUGUUCUUAUAUUGUGUAAGUCCUUAAUUAGUUCAAAUAUGAUUGUCUUUGUUUUAUCUGUCGGUUUAAAUUUUUUAUGUCAGUUGAAACAAAAACAGAUCACCCUGUAAAGGACUGAGCAUUUUUCCGGAGUCAAUUUUGUGCAAAGCAGUGUCUUAAUAGUUUUUAGAAAGUUCCCUGUCUUGUACAUCCAUCCCUAAAGUCAAGGUCUUCUCAGCCUACAUGUCCUCACAGGGGGAUUCUGUGCCUGUCAGCAGAGGAGCAACCUGUUGCCCUGUCUGACCUCAACAGGCAGCGGGUUGUUGGGGCCAUGUGUGAAUAGGUCUUUAGAAAGCACUGGUGUGGUGGCGAGGCUGCUGACUCAGGGGGCUCACAGUGCGCCGCCCCCGUCCUCAGCACCCGCUGGCCCAGUCAGGUCUUCAUCCAGCACAGAGAGCAUGUCAGUAUCCUAGCACACGGCUAAAAAAUAAGCUGCCAGGUCUGGAGAAACAUACUCUUUUGGGGGAAAAUAAAGAAACGAGACAAAACCAACGCAUUUCAGAUGCAGAGUGGCGUAGCGCUUAAUGACGAACCCAGGUAAGACAGACAGAUCAGCUUCAUAUCCUCUUCACUGUCCUCCUACCUGCGCCUCUUUCUACCAUGCCCAGCCCACAGCAGAACAGAGCUGCAGCUCUUUGCCCACCCUCCACGAUUGUUUGGUACUGUACGCUAGCUCAGUGUAGAGGUGGGAGGGGGGCUUGAAAAAGUUCUGGAUCACAUGCUUAUUAGAAAAAGGCAGGGCUGCCCGUGAGUGUUUGUGCAGAAGUCUGUGGCUGUGGAUUGCUGUGUAUUGUUCCCAUGCUUGAGUAAGCUGAUGACAAGGCUCUUCUGGAACGAGCCUGGAUUUUCGGAGCCCCCAAUGGGCCACUGUUGGCUUUGCUAUCUGGAUGGAUCUGUUAAAGAAUGGAAAUAUGACAGGUGUGUGAGAAUUGCCACUCGUGAAGAUUUCCUCUUACUCAAUCUACAUCAAUGUGACCAUGUUUCUUUAAUAUCCACACUUGGUAAAAAUGUUGUAGUUCCUUCUCUAACACAUCGCUGGAUUACUGCAAACAAAUUUGGCUGUGAUUUUAAUGCCUUAUUUGACUAUGUAUGUACCCUUUGAUUUCUGAGUAAGUGGUUCAGAGUGUUCUCAGUUUCAGUUGUGUUUAUUUCAUUAUUUACUUUGUGAUCAAUGUUAUUUUUCAGUUUGAAAACAGUUUGUCUUGAAUGGCCUGGUCAUACUUAUUAGCCUUGUCUCAUGGGCCAAAUUGGAGAGGUGAACUUUUUCAAACUUUCAGCAUCAUGCGAGUUAAAUUUGGAUGACUUCCAAUUUAUUUCUUCAUUUUUUGUUCUUUGCUGUGUUCAUUAGUUUGUGGAGUUUUUUUUUCUUUUUUUGUCUUUGUUUUCUCAGUGUAUGUUGAAAUAUUUCUAUAUAGCUACUUGAAAGCCAUGUCGUUUCCCAAUCAUGUCAUUCAAACAGAGCAUUUUGAAUGAAAUCUAAGUUUCUCUCUCUCUCUCUCUCUCCCUGUUAGUAAGAAGAAUAAGGAUGGCCAGACGCGGGAGCAGGACUACUCUUCUGAAAGCCAUUACAGAAUUGUUUCACCAACAUUCCAGUAUAAGAUGAGCCACCAGCGAGUGGGCAAGUGUAUCAUCAUCAACAACAAAAACUUUGACGAAAAGACAGGUACAGCAGAUGUUUUUUACUCACUGUAUAAUUAAUUCAGUUUUGCUUUAUUCACUGCUCAAAGAAAGUGUAUUUUAAGGAGAGUGUCUCAACAGGGAUGAAUGUUCGUAACGGCACAGAUCGAGACGCAGGUGAGCUGUUCAAGUGCUUCAAGAGCCUGGGCUUCGAUGUCUUCAUCUACAAUGAUCAGACAUGUGAGAAGAUGGAGCGUCUCCUCAGAGAGGGUGAGUAAUCAACACCUCUGACAUUAUCUCACUUUUUUUUCUGUCUGCCAUAUUGAGAUAGUCGUGAUGUGUUAGUCUAGGGAAGCCAGAACCAAAACAACAGCUCCACCUUAAUUAUUUCAGAUGGCAAACCUCUGUUAAAAGGCGUCAGUUAUUCUGAUCAAGUCUAAUUGCUUUUCUGGUUGAACAAAGAGCUAUGAUGACCUGAAAGACUGAGAACAGACACAAAAGAAAACUCUUUGUACUAAUACUCAUUCAGCUCAUUAAGAGGCCAUGAAUUCACCUUGAAUUGUAUGGCAUACCAAACCAAUUAAUAAUAAAGUACACUUACAGGUACAGCAGUGUGUGCAUAUUACAUGAAUAUAUUUCUCUGUCAUUGAAAUGAUAAGGUUCAGUAUUUGAAACUGUCUACAAGAGGUGUAGUUUAAAGUCUGUGGACUCAAGCAGUUGAAGUCAGACAUACCUUAGUGCUUAAACAACAGAAGUUACACACAUUAUUACUCUGGUAAAGUCAUUAUCAGUUGAUAGAUUUAAUGAUGGUUGAAGUUUAGUCAGACUCUCAGGUAGACAACAGGUUGUACUGUUUGACAGACACUGGUCUCUUAAUUACAGGCUGGUAGCUAAAGUUAGUGUGGUGUUCACUGAGGAAAGAACCUGCAGGUCCGCCAGAGAGAUUUCCUUAUGUCAUGUACAAGUAAUCUCUGAGGAGCACUCCUUUUUAAUACAAUCCACUCUUUUAAAUCAGCACGUGUGUUUCCACGUGCCCUCCAUGUGAAAGGGGGUCAGUUUCUUUUUAAUAUGAUCCUCAACAAAACAUUCAACGAUAGUCUCUCUGUAUAUCUUUAGAAUAGACAUGGUAACACUAUGGAAGCCCACCCUCUGAAAAAUCUUGAUGACUUUACUGACCUCUCUUCAUUUCUAUUUUAUGUGUUCAUAUCACAGCUAAGGGGGGAAAAACAAACGUGAUUGCUGGUGACAGUUUUUCCUCAGUCAGGUCCGCACAAUCUCAGCCUUGAUUUCUUUUUUACAACCACGCUUUCCCUCAAGCUACUUAAAAAACAUACACCAAAAAGUUCAAAGUGGAGUCUGUUUGCAUCUUUGCAAUUACUGUGAGUGGAAAAGGCUCCAUGACAUUACCACUCUGUGGUUCAAAAAUGGUGUUUCCCACUUCUGGGCCAGUGCUGCACUGCUCUCAUUUUGAAGUUGAUCUGGGACUUGACUGAACUAAGAGAGGAGUUUGUUUGUGUGUGUGUUUGUGUGUGUGGGUCAGCCUCAGAGGAAGACCAUAGUGACAGCUCGUGUUUCGCCUGUAUCCUGCUGAGCCACGGUGAGGAGGGCAUGAUCUAUGGAACUGACGGGGCCAUGCCCAUCAAGACCAUGACCUCAUUGUUCAGGGGAGACAUGUGCAAAAGCUUAGUGGGGAAGCCAAAACUCUUCUUCAUCCAGGUACAAAGAUCUUAAGACUUUGAUUUGUAAAUGUUGGUGUGAUGUAAGAUGUGUGCGGCCGGUAUUUAAAAAAAUGUUGCAGUUCAUUUGUGUCCAGUUUGUGACCUCUGAUCCAAUAGUUGACAAAGUAAAAGCUGAUCUUUUACAAGUGCCAUUGGUUAAACUGGUGUUUCACUCCCCAUGGAGAAUUUAAAGUAAACUGUGUAGAAUUUUGUCCCUCUCAGCUUGUAAACACAGAAACUCUUAAUUGCUUCACCAGGUCAUCGUUGAGAAAGCUACUCAGGAUCACAAUGAAAUGUCAUUUCAUUUACUUCACCAGGCUUGUCGGGGUUCCGAAUUCGAUGAUGGUAUACAGACAGAUUCAGGUCCGCCAAACGAUACCCUGGAGACAGAUGCCAACCCACGACAUAAGAUCCCCGUAGAGGCAGAUUUCCUCUUUGCGUACUCCACGGUGCCAGGUAAUUCAUGAACAAGAACAGGUUUAACUUGAUGUGUCUUCUGCCAAACUCCUGAAAAGGCUUUUACUUUUGUUUAGCUAACUUUCUCUGCUGCCAAACUUUUAUUUUGUAGGGUAUUAUUCAUGGAGGAACCCCGGGCGGGGCUCCUGGUUUGUCCAAGCCCUCUGCAAUGUCCUCAGUGAGUUUGGCAAGCAGUUGGAGAUCAUGCAGAUCUUGACACGGGUCAACUACAUGGUGGCCACCAGCUUUGAGUCCUGGUCUGAAGACCCGCGCUUUAGUGAGAAGAAGCAGAUUCCCUGUGUGGUCUCCAUGCUGACGAAAGAACUCUAUUUCAACUGACUGCCAGCCUAAAUCACUGUACUGUAUGACCCCAGAGACAGACAGACAGACAGACUGGCCGACCAACUGACGGACUGACUGACCAACUGACGGACGGACUGACUGGUUCAGGUAUUGACUAAGUGGUCAAGUAUUCAGGGAUGACUCGGGCCUAGCAGCACACAGCACAUUUGGAGCACAUAUGACACUUUGCAUGUGUAGUUGGGCCUGAAAACAAGCACUCUGUGAGAAAACAAUAUUUACAGUGGCACUCCUCGUUCAUCUGUUGACGGUGAAACUUCUUCCUCUUCUUCAGGUUAUUCUUCAUAACUUUGGCGUCACAUUUGAUCUUUCUUGACAGGCAUCGUUUAUUAUUUAUGUUAUUCUUCCAGCCCGUAAAAUUUGCUGCCAGUUUUUGUGGGUUUGGGGAAUCAUACCUGAAAAUAUGUCAGACCAUUUUCCAGCCUUUGCUUAAACUUAAAAAUAGACCAAAAAAAGUAUUGAUUUGAUACCUCUGUCAAACUUAUGAGGUUUUUAGAGACCUGAUCAUUUUUAUUUCCUGUUUCAAAAGCAAGUGAAAAAUAUCUCUUCUGAUUUCUGAAACUCUAAAAAAAAAAAAAAAUUUACUUUUUUUUUUCGAAUCAGAAAAUUGAAUCAGGCAGCUGAAUCAGUAAACCUUUGUUUUGCCCAGAUGAGCGUAAAAAAUGAACACUAAGAAAAGCUGCGCCAGCUUUGCCUUGUUUGCCUGUCAACAUUUCAAAUAUUUAUAAAAUUUACUGACACUUACACUUUAACUGAACUUGUCUGCAUUUUUCACUUGUUCUUUUUGUUUUAAACACAGAAAAAAAAAUCAGGCUUUGAAAACAGUCAUAGAUUUUUUCUCAUUUCCCUCCCAGGGCUUCUGUACAACACCUCUGAUGCAUUUGAAUAGUAAAACAAAUCCUGUCACUGUUGCACUGAGUAGUAAGUAAAGAAAACAGGCGAUAGUGUGCUUAUUCAGAAGCUUUGAUGUGUAAAUUUACAUAAAUGUAAUAGUUGUUUGUAAAAACAGCCAAGUCAGUAGAUUAAAUAGUGAUUAUUAACCUUUUUAUCGAUAAAGAUUAUAGGAGGCAGCUGCCUCGUUUGCACUGUGUAUCUGGAAAAUGGAUCUGAUUGUUUUCAGCUACCUGUCUUUUAAUGUCUUCCGCUGUCAAAAGCAAGAUUAAAAAGACCACUCUCUCCUCUGAGCAUAAAUGAGUGAAGAUGCUUUUGCCAAAGACUCAGUGUCUCAGCCUUCCUAGCAGAGUUCAAGUUAGUAGCAUUACACUGGCAUCCUCAGGUUCUUUAAUGUCCCAUGAAGUGGGUAAAUGUAAUGUUAAAGAGUGUCAUAUACAUAUGGCUAGGGAGCUGUUAUCUUUUGCUGUGUAUUUCUUGAUUUUAUGAGAUUUUGGGUCACGUGCAUAUUCUUUAGCUCACUCCCAUUAAAACAAAGCUUAUUUACAAUUUGCCAGUUUUCUCAGCAUGAUGUUAAAAACUUAAAUUCUUUGUUGUGCAACCCUGAGUAAAUCAAGUCCAUGUAUGUCUAAUGAUAUAUUUGUCUUGAUAGUCAGGGUUCAACAAAUGGGUUAAGUCUUAUCCCUCUUUUAACCUUAGAAGUCAGACAUUCCUCUAAAGUAUCUUUGAAAAUGACAGGAUGCAUGCUGUAAAACACUAGCACCAAAAGAAAUGUCUAAAACUGUGUCAGAUAUUUGGUAAAUAUUAUACUGUUAAGCUGGACUUGGGCCCAAAGCACAAAUGCCAAACCAUUUCACUGUAUAUUAGUGUUGUACACUGUCAUAGCAACACCACACUUUAGUUGAAAGUACUCAGCAAGUUCUUUCUUAUUUUAAUUUUAAAUAAAUCUUAAUAGAGAUCUAGAGAUCUAAUAGAGAUAAGAGAUCUAAAUUUUAAAAAAAGGAAGUAAGACUUCAUAUUUUAAAGUAGUAAUAAAGAUGUAUACUGUAUCAUCUAAAAUACAUUUAUCUAUAUCAUGGACAUUUGCUAAUGGUUUUUAGGACUUGCAAUAUGUUUGUUUUGAUUUUUUUGUCCCAAAAGUCUGUCAAUCAGAGGCAGCUAUUACUGGUGGUAACAAGUCUGAAAAUACACAAUCCACAUGUCCACAAUACACACUCCCAUUGUUGCUGCACUGUUUUUACAUUUUUUCACAUGACUGCAUGUUUUGGUAACUGGGGAAGAGUUUAGCAAUAGCAUUGAUUUGUCGUUCUUUUUAAUAUAGUUAUAAUUUUUUUACUUUCCACUCCUUGUAUUUUGUUAUUUUUUUCUAUUUUAUUUUAUCUUGAUUAAACUUUUAAAUGGUAUUAUUCAUAGUUGCCAGAAGUGUCAUCAGUACUGGCCUAGGUUGGAGGCAUGUACCAUUCUACACCAAGAACACUUGUCCAAUACAGCAACAAGUCUUGGAUCCUCUGGACGCAUGGAUCUCUGAUCAGUGAUGUGGUGCCCACAGGAGUGUUUGCUCCACUUGUUUUGGAAUGGAAUUGAAGGAAGGACAAAUGUAAUUUAAAAGGAUAAAUUUUUAAUGCUUUCCGGUGUUACAUGCUGUUGUCCUCAGGAAUAUUUGAAAAGAUUUGAAAAAAAUGAAUGAAUGAAUUACAUUGAUGGUAUAAUCUGGCCCGUUGUUUUUUUUAUUAUUAUUAUUUGGGGCAAUACAUAAAAUAAAACUUUAAACAGAGGAAUGCUUAUGUAAACAUUUUAUUGUAUUAAACAUAAAGAAGCUAUUGUGUAA